UCAUCCUGGGCCUGAGAUUUUCAAGACAGAGUUCUGAGACUAGAAGUAGAGGCAGGGACUCUGGUGAGAGGCUGUGAUGACUGCAGAGGUGAGGAAAGCCAGGUGUCUGGCCCCUAAGCUCUUGGGCAUCCAGAAGAAGAGGGACAAAUCCCGGGGACCAGGAUCGAGCCUGCAGCAGGACAGCCAGAUCAGCUGUGAAGUCUUUCGGCAACACUUUCGGCAGCUGUGUUACCAUGACACCUCUGGGCCCCAGGAGGCCCUGAGCCAACUGCGUGACCUUUGUGGACGCUGGUUGAGGCCAGACAUGAACACAAAGAUGCAGAUCCUGGAGCUGCUGGUGCUGGAGCAGUUCAUCACCAUCCUGCCUGGGGAGAUGCGCACCUGGGUGCAGCUGCACCGUCCAGAAAGUGGAGAGGAAGCAGUGGCCAUGGUGGAGGACUUCCAGAGACACCUUAAUGGACUAGGACAGAAGGUGAGAAGGAGAACCAUUCAUGGCAGAGUUAGGGUGUAGUCCAGAACUGCUUUCUUAGCAGAUGAGACUACCUUAAAAAUGGGAGCCCUUAGUAACCAUGGCUUGAAGACAUUUUGUCUUCAGGUUUUCUAGAGCAGCUGCAUGCCUUAGUCAUAAAACCUCUAUUUGGGUCCCAGCUCUGUCACUUAGCUGUGUAUCCUUGAGCAAGCUACAGCUCAUUUUCUUCU